AUCAAGCCUCUGAACUGAGAAUACACUUGUUAAUAAAUGUAAUGGUCUCAGUAAAAAUACAAUAAAGACCAAACUUUGUUCUAUUAUUUUGAACUUCUGUCACUCUUUCAUUUGAAAACAAACACUCAUCCUGCUGCACUUUCCUCCUCCUCCUCCUCCCCUCUGUCCGCCCACUGGCUCAGGAGCAUAAUGUGAUCAGCAGACCAGCUGAGACUCAUCCAAUAAAAAAGUGGGAGUGCUCGGUCCCGGGAGCCGAUUGGACACCUUGACACUAAGCAGACCGAGGAUCCGUCUGCAGAUCUGGGAUUAGGGGCGGGUUAUUCUGCAUGUUGAAUGGUGUUGCUCCAGCACAGGAGGCCUUGUUCUCCCCUCACCUCCCGGAGGAUCAGACGGAGCACCGGUGACACCAGAUUACUCCCAUCUCCCUGCCUGACCCAUCAGAUGACCUGUCUGUCCUCCCGCCAUGGUCGUGUCUGAAUCCCGGGACAAAAUGUACCAGCCUCCUCUCGACCUGCAGAGGGAUGCUCACGUCCCCGACUUCAACUCCUACCUGGUGAAGUACAAGAAGUCUCUGGAGAACCCAGAAGCUUUCUGGAGGGAGGUCGCCGACGAGUUCUUCUGGAAGAAGCCGGCAGCGGGGCCGAUGCUCCAGUACAACUUCGACGUGACGAAGGGCAGCGUGUUCGUCAAGUGCAUGGAAGGAGCCAGGACCAACGUGUGCUACAACGUCCUGGACAGACAUGUGAGGGGAGGGACGCUCAGUGAGAAGGUUGCCUAUUACUGGGAAGGUAACAAUCCAGACCAUCAUAUGACCAUAACCUAUGGUCAGCUGCUGAACCAGGUCUGCCGCUGUGCUAAUGUGCUCAAGAAAAUGGGAGUAAAAAAAGGAGACAGGGUGUCCAUCUACCUGCCCAUGAUCCCGGAGCUCGUCUACACCAUGUUGGCGUGUGCCAGAAUAGGUGCUGUUCACUCGAURGUGUUUGCAGGUUUUUCCUCAGAGUCUCUGUGUGAGAGAAUCCUGGACGCACAAAGCAGCGUUCUGGUGACAGCAGACGGAGUUCACCGAGGAGAGAAGCUGAUCAACCUGAAGCAGAUUUCAGACGAGGCGCUGCAGAAAUGCAAGGAAAAAGGGUCAUCUAGUGUCAUUAAAUGUUUGGUCGUAAAACACGAAGCACUGAGGACAAAAACUGCAACUUCUAGCAACAAAUUACAGACCCCCUGGGACUCGGAGCGAGACGUUUUGUGGGACGAGGCGAUGAGGAUGGCUGCGGAUGAGUGUGAGCCCGAGUGGAUGGACGCCGAAGACCCGCUCUUCAUCCUCUACACCAGCGGCUCCACCGGCAAACCCAAAGGUGUCGUCCACACUGUUGCUGGCUACCUGCUCUACACCUCCCUGACCUUCAAGUACGUCUUUGAUCAUCACCARGAUGACGUGUACUGGUGCACGGCGGACAUCGGCUGGAUCACCGGACACUCCUACAUCACCUACGGCCCUCUGGCGAARGGAGCCACGAGCGUCCURUUCGAGGGGAUCCCUGUGCACCCCCACGUCGGACGGUUCUGGGAAGUCAUCGAAAAGUACAGAGUGAGCAAGUUUUACACGGCUCCCACCGCCAUCCGGCUGCUGAUGAAGUACGGGAGCGAACCGCUGCAGAAGUACGACCUGUCCAGCCUGAGGGUUCUGGGUACCGUCGGCGAGCCCAUCAACCCGGAGGCYUGGCAGUGGUUCUACGAGGAGGUGGGUCGGAGCCGGUGUCCGGUGGUUGAUACUUUCUGGCAGACGGAGACGGGAGGUCAUGUUCUGACUCCACUUCCUGCUGCCACGCCUCUGAAACCAGGCUCUGCUACCUUUCCUUUCUUCGGGGUUGAGCCGACCAUCUUGAACGAACAUGGGGAGGAACUGGAAGGAGAUGCUGAGGGUUACCUGGUUUUCAGGAAGCCCUGGCCGGGUUUGAUGCGAACUCUUUAUAAAGACCACAAGCGCUUCGAGAACACUUACUUCAAGAAGUUCCCAGGCUUUUAUGUCACCGGUGAUGGCUGCCGGCGGGAUAAAGAUGGAUAUUACUGGAUCACAGGGAGGAUCGACGACAUGCUGAAUGUCUCAGGCCACCUCAUGAGCACAUCAGAGGUGGAGGCGGCACUGAUGCUGCACCCAGCAGUGUCAGAGGCCGCCGUGGUGAGCCGACCCCACAAAGUGAAGGGAGAGUGUCUCUACUGCUUCGUCACACUCAAYGACUGCGAGGAGUUUGACAACAAGCUGGUGGAGGAGCUGAAGAAAGGAGUGAGAGAAAAAAUUGGACCAAUCGCGACACCAGACUUCAUCCAGAACGCCCCGGCGCUGCCGAAGACUCGRUCAGGGAAAAUAAUGAGGCGGAUCCUCCGGCAGAUCGCCCGGAACGAGAAGGACCUGGGGGACCUCUCCACGCUGUCCGACCCAAAGGUGGUGGAGGUGCUGCUCAGCCAGAGGAGCCAAGCUGCAGCCUGAACCUUCUUCUGACUGAUGAAGACUAUCACACCUGCUGGAUGUCCACUCAGAGACUUUUAGAAGCAGAGAAAUAUUUUGUAGAUUAUGUUUGGGCCAAAAUAUCCGACGAGUUGAAGUAAUUUUUUUCAGUUUUGCACAGCUUGUGUUGUCUGUAUUUUCCUAUGACCUGAGAAUAAAGCGCUUCAUCCUUU